AUGUUUGACGAGUUCCGGGAAUCUUAUCUUCAAGACGACACGACCUCCAUCUUCAUGCAGCCUUACAGCAAGUACCUGGUGGGCGUGAAUGCGCUGAUUCUGGCCCUCAUAGUGCCAUGUUUUGGCUUCUUUGGCGCCAAGCGCAACAAUCGGCCCUGCCUGGGCUGCUUCGUGUGCUGCAGCUGCUGCGGUGGCUGUCUGCACGUCCUUCAUGCCAUUCUGAUGAUCCUGCUGCUGAUAGGGCUCAGCUCAGUGGAGACGGUGUGCCGAAGGAAUGGAAGCUGUGUAGGCAUCAUGGAGGCAUGUAAAUAUCGCAAGAGUGAUGGCUAUGCCCUGGACACCUAUGAGGGAUGUCUGGACUACUUGGUUUCCAAGUUUCCAGUGGCCUAUGCGGGGUUGGGCCUGGUCCUGGGUCUAAACUCGGUGGUGAUCUGCUUCCAAUGUUUCUCUGCACGGUGGGGAUACGAACUCCAUCAGCCAUGUCGGCGACUUCCUGGGCCACUUGAUGCGAUGGACGAUACCGUGGAUGAUGAUUUUAUCGAGCUGCCAAAGCAGUUGACUGGUCGUGAUGUGGCGCUCUUCUUGGAUCCCUUCGGAUUCCAGGCAAGCACGCAAAUGGAUUGGCAAAAGGGUACCGAGAACCCGGAGUUCACCAUCCGGGUCCAUGGACAUUCGACCUGUGGCCGCCACUUGCAUUACAUCAUCGAAUGUCACUUGUGGCGGGGCAAGAAGACUCCAGAGGAACGGCCCUGGGUGGAAUGGAAGGUCUCCAGGCGCUUAGCCCAUCUCCGGGCAGGGCUACAUGACCUGGUAAAGCACUACUUGGGCAGCAGUUACCAGACCUACUUCUGCCAGGUGCCCUUCGCCCAUCGCCUGCGACCCGUUGGCACCACCGGUCGCCUGGACCGCUGGUGUUCGCGCAUGGCCGUGUGCCUCAGUUCCCGGCUGGUGCCGCCCAUCGUGGCGGCGAAUGUGCUGCGGGUGCUGGGGGCGCCGGAUCUGAAGAGCUGCGAACUGCCAGGGGUCACGUUUUGCGAUCAGAUGUGCUCGGAGGCAGAUUCGCACGGACCCACCGACCUGCCAACACAGGACGGCGACGACUCCUCCCUGGAGUCGGAGACCCGCAACUCGGAAGAGUGGAGUUUGUCCACACGAUCAGCAACUGGCUGAUGGCUUGCGAGAAGCGUAUGCUGAUUGAGGCAAGGCCUGGAACUGCAUUGGUUACC